CUUUUGCACCCGAAAUACUCGUACCAUUUCUCUAUCUUGUCACUUGUUGUUCGUCUGAUCUGAUACGAUCUGACAUUUCAACGUUUGCCUAUCAGGCACACAACUUUUCCAUUCACCCUCUUCGACAGUGGUCAAUAUUACUUACAGAUCCUGGGGUUUGCGAAAUUGACUUGUUACAAGUCUGCUCCCUUUAUUAUCCGAGGAAUUACACCCUAGCUAUCUUAUGUUGUUGUAUCCUUCGUGCGACUACCAUCAAUAACUACCCACUAUCAAAGUUCUCUCCCGGUAUUCCCAACCAUGGCACCAGGCACUCUCCUCCAGGAAGACGAGUAUACGGAUUCAAGACCCUCCAAGAAGGUUAAGACCGAUUCAGAAGUGGCAGUAGACUACCCCGAUGACACGGAAGAAGAUGUGGCAACCGCAGUACCCACCCAUCCACUCGACAUCAAACCCGCGGGCAAUGCCUACACCGCAUCUGAGAAUCUCAAGUCACACUGUGGCGCAUUCGCUGUCUUGCCCGACGAACUCAUAAACCAUAUGCUUGAGUCAUUCGAUGCCGGCACUCUCGUGCGAUUGGGAAGCACGUGCAAAGCCUUGUAUGCUUUUACGAGACUCGAUGAGCUAUGGAGGGCUCUGUUCAUAGAGUUGUCUCCCGCGGACUUCGAGUGGCAAGGCACAUGGCGAUCCACAUAUCUGGGAAUCCCAAAGGGGGAGGCCUCAUCGAUCUCGUGCAAGAAUCUCUUUUCGGACGUUCUGUACCGGCCAUUCCAGUGCGCCAACACAGCAAUAGAGCCUUUCGCCGCCCGGAUACCUGCACAGAACGCCAUAACCCACAUCGCCGACCUUUCCCCAGCAGAGUAUGCUGAGAAAUGGACGGACAAACCUUUCAUCCUCACCUCUCCAGUAAAAGAAUGGCCCAUCUACAACAAAUGGACACCGGAGUACCUCCUGCAAGAGUAUCCCAAGAAGAAGUUCCGAGCCGAGGCCGUCGAUUGGCCCAUGGAAACUUACAUGAAGUACAUGUCCGACAGCGCAGAUGAGAGCCCUUUGUACCUCUUCGACCGAGCGUUUGUAGAACGGACUGGUAUCAAUGUCGGACGUGACACUCCCGGCGCAGCGUACUGGCCACCCGACUGCUUUGGAGACGAUCUUUUCGAUGUACUAGGCGAGCAUCGCCCAGACCGUAGAUGGAUGAUUCUGGGCUCCAAAAGGAGCGGAAGCACCUUUCACAAGGACCCGAAUGCCACGAAUGCCUGGAAUGCCAUCCUCACUGGCUCCAAGUACUGGCUCAUGUUCCCGUCGUCUUCCAGUCUUCCUCCACCACCAGGCGUCAUCCUCUCGGAAGACCAGUCGGAGAUCACGUCGCCGUUGUCCAUCGCUGAGUAUCUACUAACUUUCCAUGCAUUCGCAAGACAGACCCCCGGCUGCCGAGAGGGUAUAUGUUAUGCCGGCGAGGUGCUCCAUGUCCCAUCCGGGUGGUUCCAUCUAGUCCUGAACCUCGAGGACAGCUUGGCCCUCACCCAGAACUUCGUCCCGCAAAGGAAACUCGCCGAGGUUCUCGGAUUUCUGCGAGAUCAGCGCGACCAAGUCAGUGGUUUUAAAGAGCAGGACGCCGACCGCGCAUACGAGCUCUUCGUCGAAAAGCUGGGAGAGAAAUACCCAGACAUCCUCGCUGAAGGACUUCAAGAGUUGGAGAAGAAGAGCAAAGGAGGACGGGGCAAAUGGGAAGAGCUCACUAAAGGAGAGGAUGAUUCCGCCGACCAAGGAGGCUUUAGUUUUGGAUUUGGCGGUGACGAUGAUGACGCUGACAUCCCUUGAAAAAGUUUCGUUGCUUGGAUUUGAUCAACGACUGUAUGAAUUACUACAAGCGCGGUCGCGACUUACAAUGUCUACCUGUAUAUAAACGAUGUAAAUGCCAAUGUAAAUAACAAACCACCCACUUCGGAUACG